UGUGUGUAUCGGAGGUUGUAUAUAGAAGGUGGAACCUAUGAUACUUUUGGUUUUUGCACGUUUAAUUAAUUUAAGUGACCUUGAAUUUAAAUGAAAAUUAGAUAACAUCCUGUAUUUGAAUGUUCCACUUUGAAAUAUUGCAACACUGCAUUUUGAUUUUUGACGUUAAAAAUUUAAAAUCCCACCACAAAUAAAAUUGUGUAUAUCUAUCUUAUCUAUUUCCCUUUUAUGUUUUAUUUUUAUUUGUAAUACAUAUUUGAAAAUGGCAUCCGCAGAAUUGCGGCAUUUUGUAAAGAAUAGUAAGAAAGUGAUUGCAACAACCACAAAUUAUCUGCCAAUGCUCAAAAUUUUGAAUAUAGAAAAACCCACAGUUCCUAUACUGUUUAUGAAACCAACAUCCUCCUAUAUCGAAGAAGGGCAAGCAAUAAAGCUUCCCCAUGGCUUCACUGUCAACCAAGAAAUCGAGUUAGGGGUUGUCAUCGGAAAGCGAUGCAAAGCUGUAAAAGAAUCUAAUGCAAUGGAAAUGGUAGGUGGUUAUUGUGCUGCGCUUGACAUGACUGCUACUUGUCAAAUGAAAGAAGCCAGAAGUAAGGGACUUUCGUGGCUAUUAGGAAAAGGUUUCGAUACUGCAUGCCCCGUUAGUAGAUUUAUUGGAAAGAACGAAAUUUGUGAUCCGAACAACGUUCAAUUAUGGAGUUGUGUCAAUGGAGAAUUGCGACAGAAUGGAAAUACAAAGGACUUUAUAUUUUCGAUACCUACACUAAUUUCAUACAUAAGUGCAUAUAUAACAUUAGAACCAAAUGAUGUGGUUUUAACUGGAACGCCACCAGGAAUGGGACCCGUUAAAGCUGGGGAUAUUAUUGAAGGUGGAAUAAAAGAUAUUGUUACAUUUAAAUUUUGUGUUGAGUGACGAGGUUAUUAAGUUAAAUUAUAUAUCUUGUGUGUUAAUAAACUAAUAUGUAACUA